GUACAACUCUUUCAUUAGACUGAAGAAAAGCACGUUGCUCUAACUACGGCUGCGGCGGCAUGGCGUCGAAUCCGAACAAAGCCUUAACGAAUACGCGUUUCUCCGACCUCGAACCACCGCUCUCCGAGCCAGUUUUGGAAGCCUUAACCAAUUCCGGCUUCGAGUUCUGUACUCCUGUUCAGGCUGCCACCAUACCCUUACUCUGCAACUACAAGGAUGUCACCGUCGACGCCGCCACUGGCUCUGGUAAAACCCUAGCCUUCGUCGUUCCUCUCGUUGAGAUCCUCCGUCGCUCCUCCUCUAAUCCCAAACCUCACCAGGUAAUGGGUAUAAUUAUAUCACCUGCCAGGGAGUUGUCGUCACAAAUAUUUCACGUUGCUCAACCGUUCAUUUCCACAUUAGCAAACGUUAGGCCUAUGCUUCUCGUUGGGGGACAAGGCGUAAAGGCAGAUGUCAGAAAGAUAGAGGAGGAAGGAGCAAAUUUGUUGAUCGGGACACCUGGGAGGCUAUAUGACAUUAUGGAGCGCAUGGAUAUACUGGAUUUUCGGGAUUUUGAGAUUCUGAUAUUAGAUGAGGCUGAUAGGCUAUUAGAGAUGGGAUUUGAAAAGCAGAUAAAUUCAAUUAUUUCUCGUUUACCUAAGCUUCGACGAACGGGUCUCUUCUCUGCUACGCAAACUGAGGCAGUUGAAGAACUAUCAAAGGCAGGAUUAAGAAAUCCUGUCAGGGUUGAAGUUCGGGCAGAAGCAAAACAGUUGAAUGGUUCUGCAUCGUCUGGGAAUUCGGCCUCAUCAAAAACACCUUCCGGCCUUCAUAUUGAGUAUCUUGAAUGCGAAGCGGACAAGAAAUCUUCGCAGCUUGUACACCUCCUGACGAAGAACAGGUCAAAAAAAAUUAUGAUCUAUUUCAUGACUUGUGCUUGUGUUGAUUACUGGGGAACUGUUUUUCCGCGUCUCUCUUGUCUGAAAAGUUUUUCGUUAAUCUCUCUUCAUGGAAAGAUGAAGCAGAGUGCAAGGGAGAAAGCAAUAGCAUCAUUUACAUCUCUUUCCAGUGGCAUUCUUUUAUGCACAGAUGUAGCAGCACGUGGACUUGAUAUUCCAGGUGUUGAUUAUAUAAUACAGUACGACCCUCCUCAGGAUCAUAAAAUGUUUAUACAUAGAGUAGGCCGAACAGCUAGGCUGGGCCGACAAGGAAGUGCUGUUGUUUUUCUAUUACCAAAGGAGGAAGCAUAUGUGGAAUUCUUGUGUAUACAAGGCGUUUUCUUAGAAGAGGGGGAAUGUGCCUCUGAGGCUCCCGAUAUUAUCGAUGAAAUACGGUCAGCAGCAAAGAAAGAUCGUGAUGUAAUGGAGAAAGGACUUAGGGCGUUUGUUUCAUACAUCCGUGCAUAUAAAGAGCAUCACUGCUCUUACAUUUUGAGGUGGAAGGAGCUUGAGAUUGGGAAGUUGGGCACAGGAUAUGGUCUUUUGCAGCUUCCUUCUGUGCCUGAAGUGAAGCAUCAUUCUCUUUCUACGAAGGGAUUUACGGCAGUUGAAGAUAUCAACCUGGAGGAGAUCAAGUUUAAGGACAAGUCAAGGGAGAAGCAAAGAAAGAAAAAUUUGCAAGUGAGAAAAGCUGCAAGGGCACAACAAGAAGAACAGAAGAUACAGAGACUUGAAAAGGAGGCAAAUUCUACAGCAACUGCCAUGAGAAAGAAAACUGCCAAACAGAGACGUGCUACGCAGUUAGUUGAAGAUGAAGAUGAGAUUACAAGGGAGUACCGCUUAUUGAAAAAGCUAAAAAAGGGAGCGAUCGAUGAGAAUGAGUUUGCAAAAUUGACUGGGACUGAGGACUUACUUUCUGACAUAUGAUUACAUGGAGGCACGAAUUCUGUCGGUGAAAUUCAUUCAUAUGUGGUGGUUGCAGAUAUUAUACCAGUUACCUAGCAAAGGAAGAUAAGUAUGUCUUGAUCGCCCAGAAACUGAAGUCGAUCAAACAAUAAAUUUGGAUAACAAGCGCAAUUAUCCUGAGUUGCCUACGACACAUUGGACUGCAGAUCCAUGGAUGAGCAACCAAAUUUUGUUGCUAUCUGACCGACCUUUUCUUUUGAUUUUAUUAAUCUUUUUUACCACCUCUUUUUAUGAUUCUAACUAUUAGUAGUGGGGUGUCUUUUUCUGAUGUGUAAUUCAUGUAUCAUGAUACACUUAGUUUUAUCAACGACUUAGCUGGAGAUGAUAUCCGGUUUUUAUCUAUUGUUGGUGUAAUAUAAUUUUGUGCUAAUGUUGCUUUUUGCAAAA